AUGAAGUUUUGCUCCUGGUUAGCUCUGGCCUCUGCGCCUCUUGCUCUGGCCAACAAGGUCCAGAAUGCCUACCCCGACAACGCCGCCCGAGGAGUCGACGUGGACAUGGAUGCGCGAAGCAUCGCCAUUGCCAACGGCAUGGCCGGCCACGGCAUCACCGCCAACGCCCUGACCGAGAUCAUCAUUAUCUGGGCCAACCCCGGUGGCGGUGCCGCCACCACGACCUACAACCCCAAGGUCACCGUCACCGAGACCGUGACUGUCGGAGGACAGACCUCGACCGCCGCCGCUGCCGGUGCCACCCACACCGUCACCGUUGGAGGAGCCGCCGGCCUCGUCUACUCUCCUCCUCAGCUCAACAACAUCCCCGUCGGUGACACCGUCAUCUUCGAGUUCCACUCCAUGAACCACACCGUCACCCAGUCUCCCUUCAACACUCCUUGCAAGAAGCUGGAGGGCGGCAUGGACUCUGGCUUCCAGGCCAACCCCAACAACACCAUCGUUCCCGCUCCUCAGGUCGCUAUGCAGGUUAUGGCCACGACUCCUCUCUGGUUCUACUGCCGACAGGCCGGCCACUGCGGCAAGGGCAUGGUCUUCUCCAUCAACCCUACCGCUGAGAAGACCCAGGCUCAGUUCCAGCAGAUGGCCAUUGCUCAGAACGGCACUGGCUCUGCUACGCCCAUCACCGGUGGAACCGCUCCCCCUGCUGCUGCUCCUCCCGCCGCUUCUUCCUCUGCCCCCGCGGCUCCUCCCGCGGCCGCUCCUCCUGCUGCCGCCCCCCCUGCUGGAGACAACGGCAGCGUCACUCCCGGCAAGGGAACUGUUGGCGCCGACGGCAGCUGCUCUUGCUUCGUCCAGUGCUCUCCCGGUAGCUUCCCCGUGAACGCUCAGGGUGUUGGUGCCCACGGUGGCUGGGGUGGUGCUCUCCCCAUGAACAUGGCUGCCAUGUCAUAA